UACCCGCCCCGCCAGCAAGUACAAGUACAGCUCCAAUUCCAGUCCCAAUUACCCCCUAGAGAAACACUAUAUCCUUAUAACAACACCAUUCUGUUUAAAACGCCACUUUAGAAAGACAGAAUGCCAGCCCCUCGUUGCUUCAUCAUCCGCCACGGCGAAACCGAAUGGUCCCUCAAUGGCCGACACACGGGUAUCAGUGACCUCCCGCUCACAGCCAACGGCGAGAAACGUAUCGCAGCAACUGGUAAGGGUCUCGUGGGUGAUGACAGGUUGAUUGUCCCUAAGAAGUUGUCUCAUGUUUACGUCUCCCCCCGCACCCGCGCGCAACGAACGCUCGAGUUACUGGAGAUCGGUUGCAAAGAGAGACUCCCCUGGAAAGAGAGCCGGAAACCCGAGGAAGACGAGCCGAUUCGGACAGAGGCCAAGGUGGUGCUCACCGAGGCCGUUCGCGAAUGGGACUAUGGUGACUACGAAGGCUUGACGAGCAAGCAAAUCAAGGAGCAGCGGGCGAAGAAUGGUGAGGAGCCGUGGGAUAUUUGGAGGCAGGGAUGUCCGGGUGGAGAAACCCCCGAAGACGUCGUCCGUCGUCUCGACGCAGUCAUUGCAGACAUCAGAGAAAACCACCACCGCAAGUGCUUUGAAGAUCCCAAUGCCUCCGGAGACGUCCUUAUCGUCGCGCACGGCCAUAUCCUCCGCGCUUUUGCCAUGCGCUGGACCGGAAAGCCAUUGACUGAAACAUCACUGAUUCUGGAAGCCGGUGGAGUUGGUACUCUCAGUUACGAACAUCAUAACAUCGAUGAGCCGGCGAUUAUUCUCGGAGGAGGAUUCGUGGUGGAUUAAUCGUAUCAUGUGGGCGUAAACUAAGGGAGUCUAUGCAGAAUUCUUAAUUAGUUAGACGAUGUUUCAUACACACAUGAUAGAAGAUGAACACCGCACAAAUCCCAAAUAAACCCACUAUAUAAAAUCCUCACCAUGCCAUCAUAUCAAAUCACGACUCUAACUCCUCCUUAAUUCUCCUUUCCGC